UGUACUUUGUCGGAACGAAAUAUUUGCUUUGGCUUCUUACGCGCUCUUGCAUAACCGCGAAUCAAACUACAAACCGAUCGAAUUAAAAGUUAAAGUGUAACGAUGAUGACGAUGUUUACGGCCGUUUCCGCCAUCCUGCUGAUCGCAACGGCGAACUGCGCCCCAUCAUCAAGCAACAAGAUGCAAACACGAAGCGCCAGGAGCCUCAACGACAAUGUCAUAACGCCCAACAACCAUUGCAACUGCGUCUGUGGCAUGAGCAACAGGAGGAUGAGGGUGGUCGGAGGGAACAUAACAAGGGUGCACGAGUUCCCUUGGAUCGCGGGUUUAUCGAGGAACGGAGAGUUUUACUGCGGUGCGAGUCUCAUCACCAGGAAGCAUCUUCUGACCGCAGCCCACUGCGUUAACGGAUUCGAUAUAAGAGGAAUCACGGUAGUUUUGGCUGAUCAUGAUCGUGAUGCAACGGAUAGAUUCUCGACGGCUGAAGUCAGGGGUGUGAAAAAGGUGAGGCAACAUAGAGCGUUCGACGCUUACAGCUUCAACAAUGAUAUUGCUGUGUUGGAGUUGGAUGAACCAGUCUCCUUCAGCAGCAAAAUCCAACCGGCUUGUCUUCCGAAUACCGUUAAUGCAGAUUACUCGGGAAGAUUGGCCGUGGUUGCUGGUUGGGGUAGACUCGGUGAGAGGGAAGAGGUGUCUCCAGUGUUAAGAAAGGUGGCCGUUCCGGUGUGGAAGAAAAACGAUUGCUACAAUUCAGGGUACGGCGAGAAACGUCUUUCGGAGAACAUGUUUUGCGCCGGAUAUCCGGAUGGUAAAUUGGACGCGUGUCAGGGCGAUAGCGGUGGUCCUCUGCACAUGACGAACAGCGAUGGAGACAUGGAAAUAAUCGGUGUGGUGUCUUGGGGAAGAGGUUGCGCGAGGCCCAAUCUACCUGGAAUCUACACUAAGGUCAACAAUUAUCUGCAGUGGGUGCAGGAAUCGCUCAACGGGGAAUGCAUGUGUCCUCCUGCUGCCUACAACAGAAGAGGUGAAAUGACCAGACAAACCAUCAUCGGUAGUUCAGUAAGAAGUAGAAGUGGGACGAAUGCUACAGCCAGAUUCCUCUUCAAUCAGCUCUUCAGCAUCGCAAAUCUCAUCGGAGGAGUGGCCGGAUCUGAUGAUGAUGAUGACGACGAUGACGAUGAUGCGAGGAAGAAGAACUGCACGUGCGAGUGUGGACAUUCGAAUCAGGAGAACAGGAUCGUCGGCGGAAGACCUACAGGUGUCAACAAGUAUCCGUGGAUCGCGAGGCUCGUGUACGAUGGACAUUUCCAUUGCGGCGCUUCUCUGCUGACGCAGGAUUACGUCCUGACCGCCGCCCAUUGCGUUAGAAAGUUGAAGAGAUCGAAGAUCAGAGUUGUGCUGGGCGAUCACGAUCAGACCGUCACUUCGGAUGCUCCUGCUAAGAUGAGAGCGGUGGCUUCCAUCAUCAGGCACAGGAAUUUCGAUGGGGAUUCGUACAAUCACGAUAUCGCCCUGCUGAAGCUACGAAAACCGGUGGAAUUCGCAAAGAACAUUAGACCCAUCUGCCUUCCCUCUCUAACAAAAAAUUUUGAUCCUGCUGGCAAAACUGGAACGGUCGUUGGUUGGGGAAGGACGUCGGAGGGCGGAACGUUACCAGGAAUCGUGCAGGAAGUGCAGGUUCCCAUCCUGAGUUUAUCGCAAUGCAGAGCAAUGAAGUACCGAUCGUCGAGGAUCACCAAUUACAUGCUGUGCGCCGGUCGAAGCUCGCAGGAUUCCUGCCAAGGCGACAGCGGUGGACCUCUCGUCAUUCCGAACGGCGACAAGUUCGAAAUAGUCGGUAUCGUGUCCUGGGGUGUAGGAUGCGGUCGUCCUGGUUACCCGGGCGUCUACACGCGCGUCUCCAAAUACCUGAACUGGCUCAAGUACAACCUGGAGAAUACCUGUCUCUGCACCUGAUGCAUCCGCUCGAAACUCAAAAAAAAAACAAAACGAAAAGACAAAAACAACCUAUUUAUUAUUCCUUUUACUAUUUAUAAAUAAAGACGAAAUGACGACCUUGAAACAUCUCUAUUGCUGUGUGGUUGCCGUGGUUUUCUGUUGUUGUUGUUGUUGCUAUGGUUUCUCUUAUUGAUAAAAAGUUGGAGCCAUUAAAUUAAAUUAAAUUAAAUUAAAACCAGGGAAACCGGUUGAAAAGUUGAAACUCCUUUUCCCAACAGCAGCAGGAGUCAACGGCCCCAGCGAAUUCGCCCACAACCCCGAAAUCAGAUGCUCACCAAAUGCACGUUCACCUUUAAAUAGAGAGAAUCAGAGAGAGAGA